AUGACGUCCGGCCCCGCUGCGCUAAUUCACCCAUACCCAAACGCCUCCUCCCCCCCGCCGCUCCUCGCCACACCCACGCACAAGCAGUGGUACGACAAGCUCGCGGAAGCCCUGCUCGGCGACGACGACGACGCGCCGCGCUCAUCCCAGUUCCGCUGCGUCAAGUGCGACCGCCUGAACGCUUCCGUGCGCUCGAAACGCGAGGCGAGAAGAUCCGUGUCGCUGAGCGCUGCCUCGUCAUUUGCGGCGUCGUCGCCCGCCGCUUCUCCGCAUCAGAGCAGCUCAGAUUGA